AUGGAAUGCCACGAGUUUGCCCCCGGAAUGUGGUUGGGGACAUAUCAGCUGUUCGAGCUGGUAGCGAUGACCCGUCACAACUUUAAACUCGUGAUUAAUUGUUCUCCCACUUACAAAUUUUUGGCACAUUUAGAAAACUCUAACAUGGCUAUUUCUUCAGAUGUGAUUAUGGUGAGUUUGGACCCUGGUUUUUCCACCGACAAUUUCUCGCCGGACGAGCUGGAGAGGUUGAUGGAGUAUAUCACGCGUCUUAACCGCGUUCUUCAAAACUAUAUUGGUCAUUUUUAUGGUCUCAAUUCCAGAGCCCACAAUCUCAUCCACCCAAUGCCCAAUGGCCGUCCGUUCUCCAUGCUGCUGCCGGUGUUGAGUGGUAGUUUGAAACCACAUUUGUUUUCUCUCAAUCGUUUAAUCAAGCUUUUACGCCAUGUCGACGAUACCAUUGAAGUGGCGAUUGUUCUGAGUGAAAACUUUAACCUGGUUGCCACGGGGUUGGCCAUGUCGUACUUGAUGGACCACUACGGGCUCAAUUAUGGUGCCAGUUACAACCGUUUGGUUGCACGGACCGACGGAGUUUGUCCUCUCAACCCCAGCUUCUACGACGACUUGUUGGUGAUUGAGGCGGUGCGCCAGUUCAGCACGGAAAACAACGCCAUCAAGCACAACAGCACCGUGCUCACGACACACUGUAAACUCAAGCGCAAAAAUGAUGACGACGACUUGUACAGUCAUAAGCGUCGCACAGGUGAUGAUGUAUUAUAUGUAGACUAG